AUGUCUCUUCGAUCAACCAUAUACUGCAUAUUGAGCGGCAUGUCCCAAGACCACUGCAUCGAGGCGCAAACCUGCGUGCGUCGUACCAACUCACCGCUCAAUCUCAUGUUCCACCAGUCGAUCGAGGGCAGAUCUGUAUCUCCGCCACCAGGCCACAAAGAAUGGGACCCACCAAAAGCCCUUCCUCACAACAGAUUAUAUACACCGGAAGCCUCCUCUGGAGUAUGCAUCGCCUCCACAGGUACAGGAUGGGAACUUACGUGGAUGAAAUCAUCACGUCUGUUCAACAAGUCUCUUGAGUCAAGCUCCGACAUUGUCUGA